AAUUUUUUUCCUGCGUUUUCCUUAAUUAUACUAUUUUUGGCCAGUAAAAUUAGGGGAUGAGACCUGAGCAUUUCCAAAAAUUUCUAUACGGAAAAGGCGUCCACUGUGGGAUUUCAACUAUUCAACUACAGAUAGAUUACCUAUAAUAUAAUUUUGCAACAUUAUCGAAAUUAAAAAUCCAACCAACAAAAACGAAAGAAUCGGCAGACAACUGGAUUAAGGGUAGAUUUUAGUAGUGCAAAAGAGAAGUUAAGGCAAUCUUUGGCGUAGGUGCCAUAGUUUCAGUUUUGCUGUAGCAAUUUAAAUUAAUUCUAACGCUUGCGCUGCCCUUGGCCUAAUAACCCACGUAAACCGGCACAGGGGGUUGGGGUAGGUAGACAGCAGAGACCCUGUAGUCCCACCCCUUGAGCCUGGAUCUGUCGAUUCCAAUCACCUAGUCGUUGAGCCAUUAGGAUCAAGGACUGCAAGGCAAGGUCCCCGUUUUCGUUAGUUAACCUAUUUUUGUAUACCCACCAAGAUCUACUAGCGCCUUUGCGUUGGAGAGAAGUACAGUAAUGAUGUACUCACUGAAGUUCAUCUUUGAUCAAUGGGUAACACCUACGAUUCUCCCUUAUUACAUUCAAAAUUUUCUAAGCUGGUAAAUGGUAACUUCUUCAAAAUGAAUUUACGUUGGUUUGCUAAUGCUGUUGUACACCAUCCUUUAGCUAUAAUAUUAGCUGUCAUUGUUUUAUCCGUUACUUGCCUUGUAAUACCAUUUGCAAGAAAGUCGAGAACUUUUCCAAGUUUUUCAGAUCCUCAAUUGGGCUUUUCUACAAGAGGUACAGUCAUCGCUAACAGGCUUACUACAUGGGAAAAUUUGGUUGAAUCUACUAGACCAUCAGGCCAGUUCGCAGUUAAUCCAAAAGAGCUUCUUAUGCUUCAGAAUCUAAGUUCUACUAUCAAUCAUUUGAAACGAAAGAAAGGUCAAAAAAAGAAAAAAUCCAAAAAGGAAUAUGGAGAAGUGUUGGUAAAUGAGAAGAAAAAUGUAACAGAUUAUAACUAUGAUAAUUGGGCAGAAAUAAGAAAAAUGACGAAUGCUAGUUUUAUGUUGAAAGCUAAGGUGAAAAAAGACGAAGGAUAUUUCUGUGGCAAUCCAGAUGAAAAGUAUGCACACCUUGUGAUCAAAUCCAAGAAUAAUUUAUUUGAGUUAUCUUCUCUGAUGACACUGUGUCGUCUUGAGUAUGAAUUAUCAAACGCACAAAACUUUUCUGACUUAUGUGUUCAAAAUACAAAGACAUCCAGAUGCUGUAAGCCUUGGUCUAUAGGAAAUUAUAUAGCAGUAUUAAAUAAUAGGACAUCUUGCUUGGGAGUUAAUGAAGAAGAUGUUAACUCGACUAUCGCAUUACUAAGUAAAUGUGCCAAAUAUUAUUUCAGUUUGAAACUUGUACCAGAUUGUUUUGAAAGAAAAUACCUCUGUAAAGCACCUAAAGAAUGUGUGAAGCAUGAUGCCGUUUAUAACAUUUUGAAUUUCUUGAGUUCCACUGAUUUUAUAUCAGAAAAUAAUACAUCAGUUGAAAAUAUUCAACUUCAUGAAACAAUGUUAUUUUUACCGCUUGCUGGAAGCACAGCCAUUUUACCAUAUUUCCAUACUGUAGAGAACUUAAACCUCAAUUAUGAUGAUAUAGAAAUAGUAGCAAUGGAUUUUGGCAUCAAAAGUUCCUUAUUUGACGAAUAUUUGGUACAUGAUAUGUGGCUGAUGGUACUAGGCACAAUUUUCAUUCUUUUCUGUAUGUGGUUGUAUACCAAAUCAUUAUUCCUGACCAUUGUGACAAUAACUGGGAUAGUAUUCUCACUAGGAAUCUCAUAUUUUUUCUAUGUAAUUGUUUUUGAAUUGAAAUUCUUUCCAUUCAUGAAUCUCCUUGCUGUUAUAGUAGCCAUAGGGAUCGGUUCAGAUGAUGCAUUUAUUUUCUGCAAAAUUUGGACUAAAGUUAAGCAGGAAGAAAAAAACGAAACGAUGGUUCAUCUGCUAACUGACACAUUCCAUCAUGCAUUUGUUACGAUUUUUGUUACUACUUUAACGACUACUGUUGCCUUCAUGGCAUCUUACAUAAGCUCAGUUACAGCUGUUUGUUGUUUUAGUAUUUUUGCUGGAACAGCUGUAAUAAUAAAUUUCUUGCUGAUGGUUACAUGGUUCCCAGCCUGUAUUGUGAUUUGGGAAAGAUCCUGUUAUGUUCCAAGCAGUAUAUCUCAAAAUUUUAUAAUUGCUUCUGUGUGCCGAGGCUGCUCCUACGUUUUUGCUCCAACAUUGGACGUGUUUGCAAAUUUGCCGAAAAGCUCCACCAUCAACGAAUUAUGGUGCUCAAAGGAGAAAUAUCUAUUGAACUGUGUUAUUAAUCUAAGAUACCUAUGGAUUACGAUAUCUUUUGGAAUAGCAGCUGGAAGUAUUGUGAUAGUACUAUAUAAUCCGAAACUUGAGCUACCUGAUUCGCAAGACUUUCAAUUAUUCACUAGCUCCCACCCCUUUGAGCAGUAUGAUUUCGUAUACAAGAAUCACUUUUGGUUUCACCGGGAAUCUCUCAAUUCAGAUUUCAACUAUGAAUUGCCACUUCGUUUUGUUUGGGGAGUUCUACCAGUUGACAACGGUGACCAUCUGGACCCCACAAAUCUUGGUACUCUCGAACUGGAUCCCAACUUCAACAUGUCUGAUCCGAGCUCUCAAGUGUGGCUCUUGAAUUUCUGUAGGAAUCUGAAACGAGAACCGUUUUUUCGCCCUAUGAUGGGUCCUCUGCUCCCGAACUGCUUCAUUGAGACUUUCCUGAAAUCAAUGCAGAGAACCUGCUCAGAUUAUAUGUCGGUCAAAGACCGUACACCAUGUUGCAAUUCUUCGACGUUUCCCUUCAGCCCGGAAGUUUUUGAUAAAUGUAUAAUACAGGAGAUGGCUGAUAUUUACGAGACACCCUCGCAGUUUUUGAUUCCAGGAUUAGCCGGCCCAAAAUUCUCGAAAGACCAAAACCCGACAAUAAAAGUUGUUGUAGUUGAAUACAUUAGUAAUUAUAGUUAUUCAAUGUCCUAUGAUGUUAUGAACGAAUUUUUUAAUCGUGUCGAGAACUGGAUGCGAGAACAAUUGCAGACUGCACCCAAAGGCAUGCAGAGUGGUUGGUUUGUUAGCGAGUUGAAAUUUUAUGAUUUGCAGAAGGAACUAGCUAGUAGUACUUUUUAUGCUAUCUUGCUGUCAAUGGGCUUAGCUUUAGCUGUUCUGUUGUUCUCCACACUGAAUCUUCUGAUAAGUUUCUUUGCUAUCCUAACAAUCACUUGUAGCAUAUUUGUGACCAUUGCCAUACUAGUGCUGUUAGGUUGGAAGUUGAAUAUAUUAGAGUCAGUUGCUAUUUCUACCGCCAUUGGUCUGGCGGUAGAUUUUAGUUUACACUACAGUGUUAAUUAUAGAUUGUGUCCAGUGGGUUUAGUCAAUAAUCGUCAGGCUGCAACCAGUUUCGCCCUGUCGAACAUGGCUGGGCCCGCACUGAUGGCUGCUGUAACCACAGGUGCAGCUGGAGCUUGUAUGUUACCAUCCCUCAUAUUACCAUACAUACAAAUAGGUAUAUUUUUAGUGAUUGUUAUGAGUGUUAGUUGGUUGUAUGCUACCUUCUUCUUGGGGUCCCUAUUCGCAACAAUAGGACCUCAGAAUCAUUUUGGUCAAUUCUCUUACUCUAAAUUGUGUCAAUGUUUCAAAGGAAAUCCAUCCAGGGAUAGAACUCGAAGCCAGCCCACGAAUUCUUCUAUAUCAGACACUCACGAGUUGGAAAUGCUGACUGAUAAAUCCUUGAAAACCAUUUCCCUGUCUUUACAGAAAUCUCCUAAGGGUGGUGGCACAAACCAAAAUAGGGUACUUUCUGAUCAGUCGCCGUCGGCCACUAGCGCAAUUACUAUUGUAAUGGCAGAUGAAAAUUGACUAUGUAUUAUAUUAGAGGUGUGUUCUGUGAUACUCAUAUAUAAUUAUAUAUUAUGUGUUUUAUUUUUCUAGAUCUUUUUUUUGUAUGCAAAUACAAAUUUUAUCAGUAUAGAUUAGUCUAUUUAUGUAAUUAAAAAUGAUCACUCAUGAUAA